GUGCGCCACUAGGGUGGUUAGCUAGUUCCCGAAGUCACGUCGAAGAACAAUACAAUCAGCUGUUCGUUUAUCGGAUCCGCAGAAGAAACCUAACCAAAGCUGUCAUUGUCGACAGGGAGAGGCAAAGACCAGUGAAAUGUCAUUCCUCUUUGAUUGGAUCUACAGAGGCUUUAGUGGUGUACUACAGUUUUUAGGGUUGUACAAAAAGUCUGGAAAGCUGGUUUUCCUGGGGUUGGAUAAUGCUGGUAAAACAACCCUUCUGCAUAUGCUGAAAGAUGACAGACUUGGACAGCAUGUGCCCACGUUGCAUCCAACAUCGGAAGAGUUGACGAUAGCUGGAAUGACAUUCACCACGUUUGAUCUGGGCGGUCACGUACAAGCUAGAAGAGUGUGGAAGAACUACCUGCCGGCUAUCAAUGGAGUUGUCUUUCUGGUUGACUGUGCUGACCAUGACCGCCUUACAGAAUCCAAGAUCGAACUUGAUGCGCUGUUAGCAGAUGAGACCAUCCUCUCUGUGCCUGUGCUGGUCCUGGGUAACAAGAUAGACCGUCCUGAAGCCAUCAGUGAGGGGGGACUGAGAGAGGCGUUUGUUCUCGAUGGUCAAUGCACUGGAAAGGGUAACGUGUCGUUGAAGGAUCUGCAGGUACGACCUUUGGAGAUUUUCAUGUGCAGUGUCCUGAAGAAGCAGGGCUAUGGAGAUGGCUUCAGGUGGCUGGCACAAUACAUCGACUGAAUCUAGGCAGCAGUUCUUUUGCUAAACGGACUCCAUCUUUCUUUGGGGAAUGAAGAAGAUAAGCUGUCAAAUGAAAUGGCCCUUAUCGUCCAACCCCCCCCCCCCCCCCGUGUGGAAAGAUGUGAAGCUCCCAAUGGUCAAUAAUCCGCUUUCUGAUUGAGUACAUCUGUCAAUUUCAGCUUUUAAUUGGUCAGUUUUAAAGGUUUCUAUCUAUGCAAACUUUUAAAAGUGGUUCAUGGUCACAAGAUUGAAGAUGGGUUUGUGUGUAAUACUAGUCCAUUAAUGAAGUAUAACAUCAACCUGUUCUCUGGCAUGUAAUUAGAGUAUCCAGUUCUAUCCCAACAGAUUUGAUCAUAUCUGCAGUUCAAGCUACAGUACAGGGCAGAUGAUAUGUAACAAUGUAGAACCUUUAUAAGGUAAACUGUGAACUUUUACAUUAUUUCUGACAAAUGAUGGACCAAGUAGUUUUUAAAUGAAAUAGAUUAUAAAUGAUAAGGAUAUUUAUGUGAAUGGUGGUGGUACAAUGCUUGUUGCGUGUACAUAGCAGUCCUACCUAGAAUAACAUGUUCCAUCACUAAGUGGACAUGAAAGAGAAUAGAUGGUCUGCUGGAAUAAUCAUUCUCAGUCUAAGUUCCAAUGCACCGAAUAGAACAGUGCAAAUGUUAUCUAAACUUAAGGGGCUGAGUCCAUUUGACCUGAUUCUGUUUCUAUACAUGGUGUGUAUCCCAAAUGGCAGCAUAUUGACUAUAUAGUGCACUACUUCAGAGAACCCAUACUUUCUACCCCCCCCGGUCAAAAGUAGUGCACUAAAUAGGGAAUAGGGUUGACAUUUGGUACACAUCCAGGGGUUUUGAGAUCAAUUGUAAUUGUCCAUGCAGCUAUUGCCUUCAAUGCACUCAGCCAAAGAUGAAUGCAAACUAUUUUGCAAGUGACUUUGGGAUGUUUACAUAUAAUAGACCUGGGGGAGGGGUUAUAGUAGUGAUGUAAUGUUCGUCCUACUACAGUUUAAUGAAUGAAUGGCUAUAGUGCCAUGAUAUGCAGGUACAUUGUAACAGGCCAGAACAAGAGACCGCCAUUGCCAUCAUUCCAUGGUAUGCAGCAAUAAAGCGGAAUGACCAUCAGUGGCCACUGCAAUGCUAAUGUUAACAAAAAGGCUAUGCUACUCCACUAACACAGCUCUGGCAGAGGUUUCGUUGAAAAAUAUAGAUAUUGGUCCUUAUUCAAUCAGGUCUAGUUUAAAAAUACAUAUAUUGGGCCCUAUUUAAUCAAAGCUGGUUUAAAAACCCAUAUAUUUCGCCCUAUUCGAUCAAGGCUGGUUUAAAAAAAAAAAAGCCCUCUUGCAUGCUUAGAGUGACGUACUACUCAAGGAAACACCAGAUAGCCUGGGCACCAGUUUGAAUAGGGCUCUUGGUCCUUGCCCUGUCCUGGUCGCAGACCUGGGUCAUGUUCAUUAGGCACCAAACGGAUGAAAAUGGACUGAAACGGCACUUGGACAAUGGAAACACUCAUUUUCAUUUUCAGUUGCAAAAUGUUUUAAAAUGUUUUCCGUUGCAAGCCCUAAAAUGAACACGUCCCAGAGAUUUCUAGGCCUGCUAGUAAAUCUUCUUUGUCAUUCUAAGCUUCUGUCAUUUGCAACAUUUCUUAUUAUCUUGAUGUCAAUUUAAUUUGAAUCUGAAAUGGCCAUCACUGACAUAUUUUAGUUGUUUAUUAUUUAUUAUCAGAAUGAACUAAUGGGAACAGGUACUUCCAGCCAUGUAGGCUAAUACUGCCUUAUAGUUUAAAUAGAGGGGAGUGUUUCGGCAGUCUGAUUCAGCCUUUUGAUGAUCUAAUUGUCACAUUUCCUGUCUGCUGUGUAGGUCAUUUAUUGAAAUGAUUUAUAAUGUCCAUGAUGUGAAGUGUUGGCUGUGUGAUUCAGACAAAUCUAUGGUUGAAAUGCUGCAGGUACUUCUUGACUAUCAGUACAAUGAUAUGAGAGUACAUGUGUAGCUCUGAAUCUCUGGGAAUAACAGCCUUUAUAUCAGCCAGCAUCGGGCUCCGUUCCAUUUCAAUUCAGGAACUAAACUGAUAUUCACAGUUUUUUCUCAAAGCUUUUUAAUGAGGAGAAAUGUAAUUGGAAUUUCAGUUUCCUACCUGAAUUGAAAUGGAACUGACCCCAGCGCUGUAUAUCAGUAUUUAACUAUUGACUACCAUUAAUGUUUCUGUAUUCAUUGUAAAUAAUGUAAAAUGGAGAUGGUAUCUUUCUUUGUACAAUUCAUUAUCCUGGAGCUGACAACACACGCAGGCUGUAUCCCGAAUAGCACCCUAUUCCCUACAUAGUGCACUGCUUUUGACCAAAGCCCUAUUGACCCUGGUCCAAUGUAGUGCACUAUAAAUUAUAGGUUGCCAUUUGGCACAUAGACAUUAUUACUGGAUGUACUUAUGAUAACUCAGAUCAUUUUAAUGUGAGAAAUUCCAUAAAUAUUUUUAACAACCAA